AGUAUAUUCUGAAAUAAACGCUUCUUCCUGAUUUUUUAACGAAUAUAUUUCUUACAGCGUUAUUUGCGAUCAUCAUCAUUAACAUUGUGUAUGCCUCCGAUCCUUUUAAAGAUAUGUUCAGUAGCAAGACUUUUGCAAAAAAGAUAUUUGCAAAUCUAUCUACAGCGAUUAUAACAUAUGUAGAAUUAAAGGAUGUAUCUAGUCUCAAAGAACCAUCGUAUAUAAAUCAAUGGAUAAAUAAAGAUGACAUGGAAAACAAAGUAUACACUACAAAAAUAAAUAUGAUAAUGUCCUUACUUUUAAAUGGCGUUAAAGAAGGAUCGACAGAGAGUGAAUUGAUGUCUUUUUUGAAAAUUACUGAUAAAAUAUCUUUAAACAACAGAUACUUAUCUGAAUUAACUUAUUCAAAUAAUGUAUACAAUAACAUCGAAUUGCAUCUAAAAACUGCAGUGUAUGUUCAAAAUUCAAUUGAGCUAACGGCCGACUUCUCAUCAAUUUGCAUAGAUAACUUUUAUUGUUCGAUUUCAAAAAUAGAUUUCAGAAAUAAAGUACAUGCUGCAGAAACUAUAAAUUCAUGGAUCCAAGAAACAACAAAUAAUAAGAUAUUAGACGUAAUUUCUCCAGUUAAUAUCGACGAAGACACAAAAAUUAUGUUGGUAAAUACUGCUUAUCUUAAUAGUAGAUGGCUAGACUUAACUUAUAAAGGAAAAACAGAGGAACGCAAAUUUCAUGUUUCUCCAUCAGAAUCAUAUCUUGUUCCAACAAUUAAAUUUAAAAAAUCGACAUUUUUUCAUGGUGAAAUACUACAUUGGAAUGCUAAGUUCAUUGAAAUUCCAUUUUUGGAUAGCUCUGUUACAAUGACUAUAUUGUUGCCAAAUGAAGAGGUGGAACCUGGGAACCUGGGGUACCUGAAAAAAAAAUUUAACUUUGCAGAAUUUCAAUUAUUUAGAACUACAUACACAUUUGAGCAAGCUACGGUAUUAUAUUUACCUAAGUUUACGAGUGAAUAUACUCGAAAUAUAACAGAUUUUUUUCGUCAGAAGGGCGUAAUUACGAUGUUCGAAGAUAAUGCAGAUUUCACACGUCUCUCAAAAAUUCCUCUAAAAGUGAACAAUAUCUUUCAAACGAUUUCUAUGAAGAUUAACAAAGGAAGUUCGGAUGCUCCAUAUGUUAUUAAAAAAAAUACAGUAAGGAAACCAGUAGGUACGCCGUGGGAGUUGAUCGUAGAUCGUCCGUUUUUGUACAUAAUCGAAGUAUACGGAGAGAUGAUGUUUUUUGGAACCGUGCAAACACCAGACUUUAUGUUUAUGAAAGAUGAAUUAUAAAUUCUAUUACAUUCUGAUGUUUAUUGAUAGUUUAUAUUUUAUAAUGUAUAUAUAGUUUAAACUUUUCAAAAUUUUAUCAUACUAUGUUUAUAAAAUUCAAGCAUUAAUAAAUAAAUUAUCUGUAUUUUGAAAAUGUGCUAAAAUGACUGUUACUGAAAAUAAGAUUGUAUAUAACAAGAAUAACAUAAAGAUAGCAAUAUGAUGCGCAUAUAGGAGUUUAGACGAUAAUAAGAUAUUUUACAAUAAUUAAAUCAACAAUUUUAUAAAUCAAGAAAAAAUGCUAAGAUAUCAAUUAUUAAAAAAUAAAUCAUUUAUGUUUGAUAAAAUGCGAAUAAGUUUAUGAAGCGAAGACUUCAUUUCCUGAAACUAGUGAGGAAUUGAACUGCUGGUUGAUUGGUCAUUAUUGUAUAAUAUAUUGAACUUUUCUAAGAAAGAAGUUUCUUUGAAGAAAACAUUAAUAAAGCAAUUAACAUUAGCAAUUAAUAUCGAUUGUUAUUUAAUAACAAUUAAUAUAUAGACCACAUUCUAUGAUUAAAAGUUAUUUAUUGUUUAAAAGAAUAUUGCAUAUUCUAGAUUAACACAUUUGUAUAUUGUAUAUAAC